AUGAAAAAAACUUAUCCUCAAUUAGAAGCCCAGGGCAUUACGAAUCAAAAAAUUCUAAAAGUCAUUCGUCAUCUACCUCGGGAGUUAUUUGUAGCCGAUAAUUUAAAGAAAGAGGCUUAUUUAGACACUCCUUUGCCGAUUGAUUGUGGACAAACUAUCAGCCAACCCUUCAUUGUUGCCUAUAUGACCGAAAAGUUGGAGUUAAAAGAGACUGAUAAAGCCUUGGAAAUUGGCACUGGAAGCGGUUUUCAGACCGGAGUAUUGGCCCAAUUAGUUCAAAAAGUAUACACAGUAGAAAUUUACCAAGAACUUUCUCAAAAGGCUCAAAAAAUAUUAGACAAAUUGGGUUACAGAAAUGUAAGGUAUAAAGUAGGGGAUGGAAAAUUAGGUUGA